AUGCUGAAGAGUUGCUAUAUUGCCUAUGGGAUCAAAGCUAAACAGACUUUAUUUAUCUCAUGCGACCUUUGGAUCAUGUCGCGACCGCAAACACCCCAUGGAGACGAUGAGAGCCGCCCGAAAGUACGGUGCAACAUCUGCGGUGCUGAGUUUCGCCCUGGAAGAGAUAACAUUGAGCGGCGCCCUGAUGACACGGGUUUUCGACCGGGCAGGGCCCGAAGAAGAAUAAUCGACCACGGAAGAUCACUCCAGCUGGAAUGGUUGAGGCGAGCAGCUUCCAGUGUGCAGUCUCAACCUUGCACGGAACGUCUCUGCGAUUGCAUUGUACGAAAAGUGGUCAUGACUACUCCUAAGGUUGUGCCUACGGCAGAAAUGGGUGAGGGCGUAGUUGCGAUAACGGACUACCCGCCUAAUGAUCUUAUGGACGAGCUUACAGGAGAGCUUGCUCCUCCCGAUACUUGCCAAGACGGUUGA